AUGGAAGCGAGAGCCAUUAGAGAAGAGGCCCUUGUGGCCAAAACAACUGGCCGUGAAGCCUUGAAUCAUGCUAUCGCCGCCGCAGACUUAUACAUGAAAGCUGUCAAAGAGUCCAAUUCGCCGGCCGACCGCACACGCUUCAGAAAAAAGUGCGAAGGGCUCAUCGCUUAUGCGGAACAGCUCAAAGCUUCUUGCUCUGUCCCCGCCACAACCAUCGCCAACGACAGCAACAUUGGUUCUGGCACAGUCACUAGUGCUCGCUGUCAGACUCGCCAGAUCCCUUCCAGCGAGAGGACCAUACUUCUUCGUUCUUCUCGUUUGCAUGGAAAUAUUUUCCCCCCAUGGCAAUCCGACCCAGCUGAAGGCUUCUUUACCCUGCCCGAUGGAGGCCAAGUUUUCAUAGACCCAGCGAAAUAUACCAUGUCGGCACGUCAGGAGGCAAUACUCGAUGAUUGGAAACGACCGGUGGAUCAGGCGGCACAGGAUUCUGUAGAUGAAGAUUUCAUGGCUACCAAGGGCGAAUGCGAUCUUGUACAAGAUAUCACAACCGACUGCUCUGUUGUAGCAAGUCUCUGUGCCGCCAUGAAAAUUCUCCUGGGGAACAAAAAAUCUAUUCUUGGUUCUAUCAUAUUUCCUUUCGACCAUGAAAAGGGACGACCGAGGAUCUCGAGCAAUGGCAAGUACAUGUUUCGAAUGCACUUCAAUGGUUGUUUUCGUCAAGUCGUGGUGGAUGACCGGCUGCCUGUCUCACGUAAUAACCGUACACUAUUCGUCGUUGACCGUCAGAAUCCCAACUUGCUCUGGCCAGCCCUUCUAGAGAAGGCCUAUCUCAAAGUACGGGGAGGUUACGACUUUCCUGGGAGUAAUUCUGGUACAGACCUCUGGGUUCUUACCGGCUGGAUCCCCGAGCAGCUUUUUUUGCAGAGCGAAGACGUGGAUCUCGAAGGGACAUGGGAAAGCAUUAAAGAGGCAUAUCAUGCCGGCAGCCUUAUCAUUACGCUCGGCACUGGUCGUUUAACACCGUCCGAAGAGGAUGCCCUUGGCCUCGUAGGAGAACAUGACUAUGCUGUUCUGGAUAUUGACAGCGCACCAACAGGGCGUCGUUUACUCGUUAAAAACCCUUGGUGUGAUGGUCUUGUCUGGAAAGGCGUGGGCUCAUCCGGUCUAGCCGAGACAACAGCAAAGCUUUCGCUCUCUGAUGCCUCCGUUUCGGUCCAGACAAAGACACCAGAGCACUCCCGACCUAUUGGCUCCUUUUGGAUAUCGGUCGAGGAUGUAGCACAGAACUUCGAGUCUAUGUACCUAAACUGGGACCCCGGCAUGUUUACGCAUCGACAGGACCAUCACUUCACGUGGCGUGUCCCUUCCCAAAACAUGACGUCCUCCCUGGCACACAACCCACAAUAUUCAGUUUUAUCGCCCACUGGGGAGAUGGUAUGGAUUCUGUUGAGUAGACACUUCGCAGAUGAGGAGCUAGACAUUGCUCGGAAGAAAUCAGCAUCUCUAGCGGCAGUUUCGAGACAACUAGGAUUCACUAGCAUCUUUGUAUUCGAGAAUAAAGGGAAAAAGGUUCAAGUAAGGGAGGGCUUUGCCUAUCAAGGCCCCUAUGUCGACUCACCGCAAACGCUCGCUAAGUUUAAGCUUCGUGCCGGCCAGCCAUACACUAUCGUCAUGGCUCAUCAGGAUUUGCCACUUGAGGACUACUCUUGCACGUUCACUUUUUUUUCGCGAGCACCACUUGAGGUAAAACCUGCUGAGGAGGAGAUGAGAUACCACAAGGAACUGUCGAGCGCUUGGUCCAGGAGGACAGCCGGAGGCAACGCAUCGUCAAUAACUUACUCGCAGAAUCCCCAAUUCAGCAUCUCCAUCCCGCAAGCUACGCCGCUAUCUAUCCUCCUCUCCUCAGGGGACCGCGAAAUUGCUAUCCAUGUCGACUUGGUGUGGGCUCAUGGGAAAAGGGUAACCUCCAUAGGGGUAAAAGAUGUCGUUGCAAGCUCCGGAGAUUAUCGAAGGGGCAAUGCCCUUGUGCAAGUUCCUAUGGUAGAUCCAGGGACUUAUACAGUUGUGUGUUCAACUUGGGAACCAGGUCAGCUUGCCGAUUUUGGUAUGCGUGUUGGAUCACAGGUUGAAUGUCAAGUACAGCUUGUUCCAACCGAUGGGGCUGGUCUCCUACGCACCCGAACCCCGUCAUUUGUAUUUGGCGAAGGGGAGGAGCAACGGAGAGCGCCAAUAGCAGUAUCGAGACUCACUCGGGCUCAGGUGGUGGUGCGCUGUCCUAUCUUGACGGGACAGCAUAGCCAGCACAUACCGACAACUGCCGUCCGCAUCUCUCUCGUGUACGGCCGAGGACCCCAAGAGUCGAUACUCGCUACGUCUGGAGGUGGCGAGUUCCGGGAGCUCACCAUGGCAGUACGAACCCCCGAGUUUGACAUUGAGCCAGACCGGCUUCAACAAGAUCAGCUUUGGCUCGUGAUAGAACAACUUGGAAGCCGCCAGGGAGCAUGCCAGAGCAUCGAGGUCGAGUUUUUAAGUGACAACACGGUUCAUGUCGGCGACUGGCAGAUUGUGAAUAUCUAG